AUGAAGGUAACCAACUCGUCGACGGAGCGUCGUACUGCGUCCGAGUACCAGAGUGGUAGCAUAUUUCGCGGCUGUUCCGUCGAAAGCGGAGCUGUGGUACCGAUGGCGCCAUCGAAGCUAAACUAUCGCAUUUCCGUGCUGACGUUCUUCGCGAAGGCACACCCGAACGAUGAGUGCUGCGGUACGAACGGGUUACCACUGACGCCCAACUCGAUCGGUAUUUUUGGUCGUGCCCAGUUAUUGAAAUCCGAUGCACUCCGGCACGAGAAUCUAUGCACCUACCUCGAUGCGAUUCGGGGCAAGCACGAACGGACAAUAAUCGUUCAGGAAUACGUUGGUUGCCCUCUGUCGGAAACAUUCAUCGGCGAGAACAAUAAGCAGGAGACGUUGUUGCGUAUCGGGUACCAGGUGUUGAGCGCACUAGCUCAUCUCAACCAGUGCGGGUUAGUGUGCCGUAAUCUGGAUCCGAGCAACGUGAUGGUGAGCCGGGACUUUAGUGUAAAGUUGUACAACUACGGGCUUUAUCACAUGACGUGCGGCGGUCGGUACGUGUCAUUUCCGAUUGGAAAUGUACGGUACCUCGCACCGGAGGUACUGCUGGGCAGCCGGGAAAACGUGAAGAGCGAUGUAUGGAGUUUAGGCAUUGUACUGGCAGAGCUAGCACUUGGAUGUACGCUCUGGGAGUCGCUCAAGCUAUCCCAGAUCAUGCGGAAGGUGCUCAGCCUCGUCAACACGCAGAAUGUGUUCGAGAAGAUUGCACGCGAACACAACAGGCUAGAGGUGUACGAAGCGAUGGACGCUGGACUAAGACGAAUCGUGGAGGAAUGCCUCACCAUUUCGCCACGAAAGCGUCCCCUAGCAAAAGAAGCACUUGAUGAUCCGGUGUUUGAUUUUGUGCGGCUUUGCAGUUCGCCAACCGCCGACAGCAGUGGUUUAACGUUGGUCGAGAAGCAUCUAUCCCUUAGCCAGAUCUACUAUCUUUGGCAGUUGGCCGGUGGAGAUGUACAGCAGGAACUGAAAAAGGAAGGCCUCAUCAAGAGUGAGGCACCAAUACUUUCUUUACCGAAUUUGGUGAUGCUCAAUGGUAAAUCAAUCUCCCCACCGAAGAGUCAAAGCUUCCUGCACGACAAUCGUAUCAUUUUCCUUAACUUCAACACACUCCUGGAGCGGCUAUCCGCCAUCCCGGAGGAGGAUUACCUACCGCUGAUCUACAACACCGACGCCUACCUCGAAUCACCUAUAUUUAAAACCGAACUGCCGCUUGUCAUUCGUGAGCGGGACAUGAUUUAUCAGUUCCAUCGGAUCGUAUUGCUUAACACGCUGCUGCAAGGCUACCCAUACACGCACGAUCUGUUGCGCUCAUUUGCCGCUAAAGAUAUACCUCCGCUGUUCCGGGGUCAGGUUUGGGCCUGCCUGCUCGGUGUGGUCGAGAAUGGGAUGUACGAGCGGCUGGACAAAUGCAGUCCAACGCACACCGAUCGCCAGAUAGAGGUAGACAUACCGCGAUGCCAUCAGUAUAACGAGCUGCUGUCCGCACCGGAAGGACACGCGAAGCUUAAGCGCCUGCUAAAGGCGUGGGUAUCCGCACAUCCGCAAUACGUUUACUGGCAGGGUCUAGACUCGCUGACCGCACCGUUCCUGUACCUGAACUUCAACAACGAGGAACGUGCGUUUCUUAGCCUGUACAAGUUCAUCCCAAAGUAUCUGCAUCUAUUCUUCCUGAAGGACAACUCGUCGAUCAUUAAAGAGUAUCUGGUGAAGUUCUUUCAGUUGAUAUUCUUCCACGAGCCGGCACUCGCCAAACACCUUCACGGCAUCAACUUCAUACCAGAGUUGUACGCGAUUCCGUGGUUUUUAACAAUGUUUAGCCACGUUUUUCCGCUGCAUAAAAUAUUCCAUCUUUGGGACAAGUUGAUACUGGGCGACAAUUCCUAUCCACUCUUUAUCGGCAUUGCGAUACUGAAGCAGCUCAAGAGCACACUGCUAAAAUCAGGCUUCAACGAAUGCAUCCUGCUGUUUAGCGAUCUGCCCGACAUUGUGAUCGAAUCGUGCGUCAAUGACUCCGAAACCAUGUAUCAGUUCACACCGAAAAGCAUCACGUAUCGGAAGUAUGCCCUGCACGAGGAAGGCCCGGAAGAGUUUGAUCUUAACUACACAGAGGACGAUCUACGUGAGGUGCAGGCGGAGCUACAUCCACGCAUCAGCGUGUACGAUCUGAUACGGUUGUUGCGUGAUCGGCCCGCCAGUACCGCCAUCCUCGACAUUCGCAGCAGUCUCGACUAUCGGAAGGUAGCGAUCGAGAACAGCAUCAACAUACCGUUCAGCUCCGUCUCGCUGAAGGAACCCCGACUCGAUGCGCUGAAUGUACCACGGCUGGAGGCGUACCUCCGCCGCCAGCCGGUAAUAACGAUUAUCGUAAGUGUGUCGCACGAAAAUGCGAUGUUGUUUGCGAAGUUUCUGGUGGACAGUGACGUACCGUAUGUGGCUGUACUGCAUCGGGGCUUUGAGGCGAUCUAUCGGACGGACGACAAAUUAAUAUUGCAAACGUUUGAUUACAUCAACACACUCGCCAAACAUCUAACACCGAUCGCAUCGUUCACCGAGUGA